AUGGAAGAGCCGCCUGAGGGGCACGGCCACCGAGACGCGGCGCCCGGCCCGGCGAGCAGCGGCAGCGAUGGCGAAAGCGUCCCGGUGUCCCCCAGCCCCGCGCCCGCCUCCCCCGCCGCGCCCUGCCCCCCGCCCCUGCCCCGCCGCCGCCCCCCGCCGCCUCCGCCGCCCCACCGCACCACCAACUUUUUCAUCGACAACAUCCUGAGGCCGGACUUCGGCUGCAAGAAGGAACCCCCCGCGCCGGCGAGCGGCGGAGGCGGCGGCAGGGAGCGGGACGGAGACCGAGGGCAGAGCUCAGGUAGAGAAAACGUCAACCCGCUGCUGGCCCGGCCGCCCAACCCGCCCUCCCUCCUCUGCCCGGACUCGAACUGCCGUCCCGACGGCUCCGCGCCGCCGCCCGCAGCCGCCGCCGCCGCAGCCGCCAAAGCCAUCCCCGCCGCGGCGGCGGCGUCGGGGGCGGCAAAGCCCCCCCCCGACGGGGGCGAGACUCACCCGGCCAAGUACGGGGAGCACGGCAGCCCCGCCAUCCUCCUCAUGGGCUCUAAUAAUGGAGGACCUGUUUUAAAGCCCGACUCGCAACAGCCGCUGGUGUGGCCUGCCUGGGUCUACUGCACUAGGUAUUCAGACAGACCGUCCUCGGGCCCCCGCACCAGGAAGCUGAAGAAGAAGAAGACGGAGAAGGAGGACAAGCGGCCGCGGACGGCGUUCACGGCCGAGCAACUGCAGCGGCUGAAGGCGGAGUUCCAGGCGAACCGGUACAUCACGGAGCAGCGGCGGCAGAGCCUGGCCCAGGAGCUCAGCCUCAACGAGUCCCAGAUCAAGAUCUGGUUCCAGAACAAACGAGCCAAGAUCAAGAAAGCCACGGGCAUCAAGAACGGGCUGGCGCUGCACCUCAUGGCCCAGGGACUCUACAACCACUCCACCACCACCGUGCAGGACAAAGAGGAGAGCGAGUGAGGCGGCGCGGCAGCCCCAGCCCCGCGCUGCGGCGCCGGCCGGGAGGAGGACAGGUGCUAUUUAAAAGCAGAUCUAUUGUCUAUCCAUAGUAUAAGGACUCCGAAUAAGAAAAAAAAAAAUAUGAACACUUAAAAAAAAAAAAAAGUAUCUCUAUAUAGCCAAACAGCAUAUGACCUUGUAUAUAUUUAAUUUCAGGUAAGAAAUACGUGUAGCGAUCUCUAUUUGCUGGACAGUUUCUCUCUCUCCUUCUCUCUCUAUUCUCUUCUCUUUUGUUCGUUUGUUUGUUUUGUUUGCUUUCCUUUUUUUAUUUCCCCUCUCAAUGUCUGUUGCUCUUGUUUUA